GUAGAUGUAAAACUAACAGCCCGCUAUCACAACAAAUUUCUCAGUAUUCCGGGGACUAAGCCACAGAAGUGUAAUGAAUGUGGUAUGGCCUUUGUGACAGUGGGGGAACUUUCCCACCACAAGCGAUAUAAACAUACUCUGGAGAAGCCCUUUAAAUGCUCCAUCUGUAACUACUGCAGCGUGGAGGCCAGCAAAUUGAAGCGCCACAUUAGCUCACAUACAGGAGAACGUCCUUACAGUUGUACGGUGUGCUCCUAUGCUAGUAGGGACACUUACAAAUUGAAAAGACAUAUGGUAACUCACCCAGAAGAAGGCAGUGUGGCUUUGAAAACUAUUCGAGAGCAAAGCAGUCAGUACAUCAAUGCCAUCUUUGAUGGGUUUAUUCCCAGGGUUUGA